CGCCGCGUUUCGAUCCGCCGUGAGGCCGCAGAGCCGCGUUGUUUCGGGGCGGUACGGCGGUGGUACGUUCCGCUCCCCGCGGCUCUGGCGGUGGGCGCGGCCACGUGCGCAGUCCUUUCCGCCCGGCUCGGCCGCAGCCGCCGCCAUGAGUAUGCUACGGCUGCAGAAGCGCCUGGCCUCCAGCGUGCUGUGCUGCGGGAAGAAGAAGGUGUGGUUGGAUCCCAACGAGACCAACGAGAUCGCCAACGCCAACUCGCGUCAGCAGAUCAGGAAGUUAAUUAAGGAUGGUCUGAUCAUCCGCAAACCUGUGACCGUUCACUCUCGGGCACGAUGCAGGAAGAACACCCUGGCCCGUCGGAAGGGCAGGCACAUGGGCAUCGGUAAGAGAAAGGGUACAGCCAACGCUCGUAUGCCAGAGAAGGUGACCUGGAUGAGGAGGAUGCGGAUUCUCAGGCGCCUGCUCCGCAGAUACAGGGAGUCCAAGAAGAUCGACCGCCACAUGUACCACAGCCUGUACCUGAAGGUCAAGGGUAACGUGUUCAAGAACAAGCGGAUCCUGAUGGAGCACAUCCACAAGCUCAAGGCAGACAAAGCUCGCAAGAAGCUCUUGGCUGACCAGGCUGAGGCUCGCAGGUCCAAAACCAAGGAGGCUCGGAAGCGCCGUGAGGAACGCCUGCAAGCCAAGAAGGAGGAAAUCAUCAAGACCCUCUCUAAGGAGGAAGAGACCAAGAAGUGAACAGUGGCUGGCUUGUGUACAUAGUGCUUUCCAUCCACGAGGACUCAAUAAAGCACAUCCAGAAAUAA